CGGGACUUAGAAUGACUGCCUGAAAGGCAACAUUGCCUGAGUCGCCAUUGAGAGCGAGCGCAUAUUUGAUAUUGUGGAAAUUAUCUCCUGGAAGGCUAACCAGUGUGUUUACUAUUAAGACGAAGAGAAAGGGACAGCAUUACAUAAAGAGGCUUUAAAUCAAAAAGACGUGUUUCACAGGUUUAGACUGUGUGAAUUUAUACAAACAUCGUUUCAUAUCCGCGUAUGACACUUUUUCCAGGCUUCUUUGUGUCGACAAUGGUUUGUUUUUCUCCGUCAGGAUCUCUCAUGGUGAUCGGAUCGUUGUAAAUGAAUGAUAGAGGGUUUUGUCGUCCUGUUUAAAGGGACAGAAGUCUGGUUGGAGUGAUUAAGGGCGGAAGGGAUAGGAAGGAUUUCAACAUUUAGACAACAAGGAGUUUGGAAAGGAGAUGGGGAAUUGUCUGAAAUCUCCCACUUCGGAUGAUAUCUCCUUGCUCCACGAAUCCCAGUCAGACAGGGCCAGUUUCGGUGACGCCAACGAUCCAGAUCAGGAACCGCCACCUCCGUAUCAGGAGCAGAUCCAUGUGCCGGUGUAUCACCCGACUCCUAGCCAGGCCCGACUGGCGACCCAACUUACUGAAGAGGAGCAGGUGCGGAUCGCUCAACGGAUUGGCCUCAUCCAGCAUCUUCCCAAAGGUGUCUAUGAUCCAGGCAGUGACGGCACCGAGAAGAAGAUCCGAGAGUGUGUGAUCUGCAUGAUGGACUUUGUGUAUGGAGACCCGAUCCGGUUCCUCCCCUGCAUGCACAUCUACCACCUGGACUGCAUAGACGACUGGCUUAUGAGGUCCUUCACAUGUCCCUCCUGUAUGGAGCCUGUCGACGCUGCCUUGCUCUCAUCCUACGAAACUAACUGACCUGCACUGAUCCCGGCCGUGCAAACUCACACACAUAUACACACACACAAGUCCUGUCUUCACACUAGAGACCAACUAAGCGAGCCGUGAGGAUGCUGUGCUUCUGGCUUUAUGACAUAAAACAGCUCCCGCAAGGUCACGCUAAUCACGAAAGCUCUUCUGCACCGUCCUGCUGGACAGGCAAAUCUGCAGGAGCCCUUUUUUUUGCACCCUGAUGACUAUCAUGUGAUUUCCUUUUGUCUCUCGCUGACGACGCCCAGAAAAAAAGCCGGUCCUGCAUCAUUCCACUGUAGCAACACUUACACUGGAAGGAGACCAACGUACUGGAGGAAGCUGAAAAACAGGCUCCACAUUGAUUCAAUCCCUAUUUAUUUCUUUUCUUUCCUUCUCAGUGUCUGUUGUUUCCAUUAAGGGCUCGUUUGAUUUCUGCCGAAGCUGCAGUGGAGCGAAAACAAAGGGCGUUGCACAUGCAAAGACAGACAGAAGAGGAAAAAGAGAUAAAACAUGAUGUUUUUUGCACUUUUGACUCAAAAACGAAACUAAAAACUAAAUUAAGCCCAAUUGUACACACACACACACACACACACGUGCUCAUACAGCCCCUUGCGCACGCAGGAGGUAUUCGGUAUGACUUUUAUUUAACCACAUGUUAGCUUUUUGAGUUUGUUUGCUUGUUUUCAAAGUACUUUAUGAACACUUCAGCUGGCCAGUUUGUGUUGAGGAAUUAACAUUUUUCUGUAUUGGUCAAAAUGAAUAUAGUUAAUUCAUUUAUUAAGUAAUAAAUAAAUGAUGGUUGUAUUGAUGA